UCCCAAAACGGUCGCCAUUUUCCGAUGCCGUACGGUUAACAAACCUUCGAUCGUAGAGAACGUCCCCUCCGCUGGUCUCUCCAAUAGUAUCCAUCCCCACCUCACGCAAACAUACACACCGAGGUCAGAGAGCACACCAAAAUGGGGAGCUUUGAAAGCAGCAGCGAGACGAACCAUCUCUACAGCUUGGGUGUGGAGGUCGAAGUGACCAGAGACGAGCCAGGUUUCAAGGUCUCUUGGUACCUGGCCACUAUCAUCGACCUCCCUUCAGUGCCUUUACCCAAGAUGCUCCAGAGGGCAAGGGUCGAGUACCAGACCUUGCUCACCGAAGAUGGGUCCGAGCCACUCAAGGAGUACGUUGACCUGGCCUAUAUAAGGCCUUCGCCUCCCCAACAAGAGGUUGCUGCCCAGAAUUUUGAGCAUGGCGAUGUUGUUGGCGCGUAUUUCAGGGAUGGGUGGUGGACUGGUGUGGUCGUGAGAGUCCUUGGAGAUUCGAGCUACAGGGUUUUUUUCGAGAACCCGCCGGGUAUUUUUGAAUUUGACCGAAAAUAUUUGAGAGUUCACUUGGAGUGGCUCGGGGAGAAGUGGGUUCGUACUGAGAAGCAGGACAGGUUCAGUUUUCAGCUCAGGGAUGGCAGUAGAAGUGAAUAUCAAAAAGAAAAUCUGUCCGAUGCUUGGUUCCCCGCAACUGUCAUUAAAGAGAACGGGGAUGACACAUUUUUGGUGAAGUAUGAGAGCUCUGAUGAGUCUAAUCUUGGUAGGGUUGCUGUAGAUUUUCUCCAUAUUCGAGCUUCUCUUCCUCCACCUCCUCAGGCAAACAUAAAAUACGAUGUGUUGGAAAAAGUGGAUGCAUUUUGUGACUUUGCUUGGCGGCCGGGUUUGAUUGCUAAACGCAUUAAUGAUACGAGGUAUCUUGUCUAUUUCAAUCGCACGAAUGAGGAUAAGAUAAUCAAUCUGUCGAAUAUAAGGCCUCGUGUGGAAUGGAAAGAUGGGAAAUGGGUCAGUAGAUAUCAGGAACAGACGAGGCAUGAUCAGAUUGCCAGUAACCCUGAAGGAACUGUUGAAGUUGAAGGUUCAGGUGUCACAAGGGAUAGCAUGAGUGAGAGAACACUGCUUUCUGCAAAUUCUGUGAAGAAAUCGAUGGAGCAGUCAAGUCUUGGUGAUGGAAAAGGACUAAGUUAUGCCUUGACUGGAAGCAUGAAGAAAAUGAAACUACCCACCUCUGAUGGUAAUUCUACAGAGUCGCAUCCUCCAAAAAAGUUGAGAAGGAGGAAUACCUUAGAGGCCCUGUUAUCUGCUACAGCGUGCAACUUAAGGAAGAGGCAAAGCAAAACAUCAACCAAAGUACUUUCUGGAUUGGCUACCCCAAACAGUGAAGAUAAACAAUCAAGACAUUCAGAGGCUGAUGCCAAUCAACGUUUUGCUGAAAUUGAGAGCCUUGGUGGGGUAGCAAAAGUUUGGACUGGGCAACGGAAGCAUGGUCAAUUAGACAGUCAAGAAACAAAUACCAUGAGAAGUAAGGAGGGAAGAUCUACAAAAUCACAAGUAAAGAGCCCACUGUCUUCAGCAGCAGAUGCAGGUAAGGAGGACAAUGCAGAUGGAGGCACUGCAAAAGAAAUUGUUCAUGAAGAUAAGAUAUGUCCACAUAUAUCUGGAGGAAACAGCAUUAAAAGAAAGCGAGGAAGGCCUCGUAAAGUAGUGGUCACAAUCUCAAAAGGUAAGGAGCAGAAUGGAGAUGGAGGUGCUGUUGAUGGAACUGUUGUAGAAGUUCUUCCAACCCAAGGAGUUGCUUCAUAUAUGCUUACAGUGGGGAAAUCUACAGACUCUCAAGACGUAUCAACAGCAAAUAAUGUUGGCAUGACAAGCCUUGCAGCAUCUGGCAAUAUGGAUGAUGAUGAUGAUCAGCCUCUAUCAACAUGGAUUGAUGGAAUGCUGCAUUGUCCAACAAUUAUCAAAGAGUCAAAACUAUCGCCCGUUAGGACUGUCAAUGAAUGCAAUGAAGUAAGAGAACAGAAAGUUGGUAUUGCGCAACAAGUUCCUGCGGCUGAUGCCACCAGUGACUGUGUGUUGGAUGAGACUAGAAGCUUGCCAUUUGUGAAGAAUUCACCUAUAUGGAAGACAAUUGAAGGUAUGGAAAUAUUCAGAUUAAUGCCACAAGAUGCACACUUUCGUCCCUUGGGUAAAUGCAAAGAGGAGUAUCGGGAGGGAUUGGCUGUUGCUAAUAUGGUAACCUUUACCAGUUUGGUUGAGAAAAUAUCCAAAUUGCGAUUAGAUGACCCUAGAAGCAUUUUUUAUGGCUAUUUGGAGAGUCUUCAUGAGCUGGAAAAGCAUGGAUUUGAUGUGACAGUUUUACAAGGUCGUAUGAAUGAAUUGCUGUCAAUUAAAGAUAGAGAAGGGCAGAUAUUGAAUGAGUCCAAAGAUGCGGAGUUUAAGAUAUUGCAUUAUAAUCAGGAGAAAACGGUUUUAGCUGAAGAGAUGGCCAAUAUUACUACGCAGAUAACUAAGCUACAGGUAGAACAUACACUAAUCGAGUCAAAAAUGAAGAGUAAAGAACUUGAAAUUUCCAGGUUGCAGAAGCGUGUGGACACAAUCAAUGAGGACAUUCAGGGUGCCCAGCUUGAUUUUGAGAAGACAGCUGCCGCCUCUUGGAAAUUGGAGUGAUAUCCUCUUCGCCUCAUUUGGCAAACUGUGCUCCUCCUUUUGGUGAAAGCUCCCUUGAGGGCAUGGAGAUGCUGCCCUACUAUGGAAGUUGUUGACUUCAGCACAUUAGAGUAGCCUUGUAAAUGCAUUUUAGCUAGUCUUAAUACGCCAAAUCUCAGUGACAGAUAGCAAGUUUGGUUUUUUUUUUUUUUUUUUUGAAUGGCUUUUUGGCCUCUUGAUUUUUGUUAUAUAUAGUCUUUUGAAUAUACAUGGUUAGUGAUUGAUUUUUUGUUGGCU